AUGAUGUUUGUCUUUCCGUUAUAUCCAUCACGGGUUUAUCAUGUAUUAUGUUUGUCUCUCCAUAUUUUAAAUCUGUAUUUUUAUAAAAUAAUUAUGUAUUAUGGAUAAAAUUAUCGGAGAAAAAAAUAAAAACAUAACAAUAAAGUUAAAAAAAUUGAAAAUAUUUUGAUUAAUUAAAAUAACUACCUCUAUAACCGUCUAACCCAGACAAGGAUAUUGGUAUCCUGGCUAUUUGGAGAAUAGCAUAACCUUGCUUUUUUAGCUUCCUAAAAUCAAGGAAGAUUUAGUUAUUCAUAUCCUAGACUAGAAUUAUAACAAGACAAACAUAAUUUAAAUGUAUUUUCUUGAUAACCCAACCUAGGAAAGUCAUUUCCAAGGGGCCAAACACGACCUAAAUGUUUCUUUAUUAAACUCUGGUCACGCGGAUCACCAAAAAUCAUAGACUUCGUUCUUUAGUUUUGUCCCUUUAAGCUGAGGCAUGCGAGAUUCAAAAUCCGAUAAAGUCAUGAGAAAUGAUAAGAAAGAAAAAUUGCGAAGGAAGUAAUUAAAUCUUCAUGAUUUUUUAUUAUUCUAACCGAGCAUAAUUCAAACACUAUUUUUUUCUGAAUAUUCUUAUUUUUUAUUAUUCUCAUUAUCAUUCUCUUAUUAUUAUUUUCUGCAGUUUUGUUCCAUUGUUGAUUCAUCCAUUAAAGUGGUUGUAACAAUUUGGUAUGCAGAGCCAGGCUGUGGAAGAAAAGGAUAAAUCAUCAGAAGAACAAGACUCACCAUCGCUGGAGACUAUUGAACUAGGUCAAAAUGCAAUUCUUAAUAGGUUAAACGAUUUGUGUGGACACUUCAAAACCAUUUGAGAUCAUCUUUUGGAAAAAUCUUUUAAAGAAAAUGUUGAAACCUCUUAAAAUCCAAGAUACACAAGAGGUGUUCGAUUAAAUAACGGAAAGGGAUUUCAGCAGGUUUCUUCAUUUGAUUAUCAAAAACCCCAAGUGAAACUAGAUUUUCCUCACUUUGUUAUUGGAGAAGACCCGACUAUAUAUAUUUUCAAGGUAGAACCGUGGUUUUUGCCUCAGAGCGAGUUCAAUUGGCAGGAUAUCACCUUGAAGAAGAUGCACAAUUAUGGUUUCAAUUGCUUCAGCAGGAAAUAGUUUAUGUUUCUUGGGAAGAGCACAAAUACAACUUAUUUGCAAGGUUUGGCGAUAAUCAGUACCUGGAUUUCUUUGGAGAGUUGUCGACGUGAAGCCAAACCAGCACCGUUCAAGAAUUUCGAAAAAAAAAAAAUCGAAAAGUUAUUGGCUAAAGCAGGACUAAUACCUCGGCAUCAAAAGGUCAGUAUGUUUGUUAGCAUUGGUAUUGAUGUGCAAGCAAAUAAACCUACAACACUUUCGUAUACAAUUGGUUUAACACGUCUAUUUGAAGCUAGAAACGAUUGUAACAAAACAGUCACUUCGUUUGUUCCAAACACAGCUAUUCAACCACAGAAUACUCCUAUUAACACCGGUGAGAAAGAUGUCGAUUGACGAAAUAAACGGAAGAAAAAAGAAAAGGGGUUGUGUUUUAAAUGUAAUGAAACAAUUGUACCUGGACAUCAAGCUUUUUGCUAUUCAAGCAAAUUAAUGUUAUCUACUAAUUUGUAGAUGUGUAUGUACUUUCACUUGAAGGCUACGAUGUUAAUAUCAACUUUACUUUUUGUUUGCAUAUUGAUUGAUGUCAUUGGUGAUGGAUUAUUUCACUCACCAAACGUGCAAUCAUAAUAGUAUCCCAUUCAUCAAACCACUCUAGAAGCUUUACAGCCCCCUUCAUAUAUAUAAUAUCAACUGUACUAAUUCCCCGCCUAGUGAUGUCAUCGCUGAUCGAUGCUCUUUCAUAUUCAACUCAUCAGAUUUAUCUAUUCAUUCAUCGAACAACUCUACAAGUAUCUAUUUAUUGACUGAUAGUCUGAUACCAUUUCAUUUUCCGACAACAAAAAGACUAAUUUUAUAAUCUUCUCAAUUAUAACUCACGUUCCUUUAAUAAAGGUCUCAAUCUCAUAAAGCUGAACAGUCUAUAUCUAUACACACUAUAAAUAGCACUUAUUCUCUCCUAGAUAUUCUCAUAAUCUAAGAAACUUCACAUCAAAACAUAGCGAAGAAACACAGGAGUUUGAGAAGAAGGAGGAGGACACCCAGAGUGGGUUUUGCAGUUUUGGUUGUGUUAUAAUGGAUCAUGGUGAAAUAUAUAAAGUAGCAAGUUUAAGAAGAAAUUCAUCAGUUUGGAGAAACAAUGCAGCUGUAGAUAUAUUCUCAAGAUCGUACAGAGAUGAAGAUGAUGAAGAAGCAUUAAAAUGGGCUGCUUUAGAGAAACUUCCAACUUAUAAUCGGCUAAGAAAAGGGAUUCUUCUCACUGAGAAUGGUGAAGAAACUAAAGAAAUCGAUAUUCAGAAUCUUGGGUUUCAAGAGAAAAAACAAUUGAUUGAGAGAUUAUUAAAAGUUGCAGAGGUUGAUAAUGAGAAGUUUUUGAUUAAACUAAAGAACCGAAUUGAUAGAGUGGGACUUGAUCUUCCAACAAUUGAAGUAAGAUAUGAAAAUCUAAGUAUAGAUGCUGAAUCCUAUGGACAAGGAAGAUCUUUACCAACAUUACUCAACUCUACUGUCAAUGCUCUUGAGGGGUGUUUGACUUUUCUGCAUAUUCUUCCAAAUAGAAAGAAACCAUUUUCAAUUCUUAAUGAUGUUAGUGGAAUCAUCAAACCUAACAGGAUGACACUGCUUUUAGGGCCACCCAGUUCUGGAAAAACUACUAUGCUCUUGGCUUUGGCUGGAAAGCUUGAUAAAGAUCUUAAGGUGUCAGGGAGAGUAAGUUAUAAUGGCCAUGGAAUGCAUGAAUUUGUUCCACAAAGAACAUCUGCGUAUAUCGGUCAAUAUGAUCUUCAUAUCGGAGAAAUGACUGUCAGAGAAACCUUGGCUUUCUCCGCUAGAUGUCAAGGUGCUGGAACUGGUUAUGAUAUGUUGGCAGAGAUUUCAAGAAGGGAAAAAGCUGCAAACAUUAAGCCUGAUCCAGAUAUUGAUGUCUAUAUGAAGGCAGCAGCAAUAGAUGGUCAAGAAGCCAAUGUAGUUACAGACUACAUUUUAAAGAUUUUGGGGUUGGAUAUCUGCGCUGAUACCCUGGUUGGUGAUGAAAUGUUGAGAGGUAUCUCUGGGGGACAAAAGAAACGUGUAACGACAGGGGAAAUGAUGGUCGGGCCGGCAAGAGCAUUGUUCAUGGAUGAGAUAUCUACAGGUCUAGACAGUUCUACGACGUUUCAGAUUGUGAGUUCACUUAGGCAGACGGUCCAUAUCAUGAAUGCUACCGCUGUGAUAUCUCUUCUGCAACCAGCACCAGAAACUUAUAAUCUCUUCGACGACAUUAUCCUCCUGUCUGAUGGGAAAAUCGUUUAUCAAGGUCCGCGAGAACAUGUGCUUGAGUUUUUUGAGUCUAUGGGAUUCAGAUGUCCGGAAAGGAAAGGAGUAGCGGAUUUCUUGCAAGAAGUAACAUCAAAGAAAGAUCAGCAACAGUAUUGGGCUCGUAGAGAUGAGCCUUAUUCUUUCGUCACAGUCACUGAUUUUACACAUGCUUUUCAGUCGUUCCAUAUUGGCCGAAAAUUAAGAGAAGAACUUGCGACUCCAUUUAACAAGUCGAAGAGCCACCCAGCUGCUUUAACCACUGAGAAAUACGGAGUUAGCAAGACUGAACUUUUAAAAGCUUGUGUCGCAAGAGAAUACUUGUUAAUGAAAAGGAAUUCCUUUGUUUAUAUUUUCAAGUUGUUCCAGCUUAUCUUCAUUGCAUUUGUUACGAUGACACUCUUUCUGCGUACUGAAAUGAAGGAAGAUACUGUUGUCGAUGGUGGGAUAUAUAUGGGAGCUUUGUUUUUUACUCUUAUGAUGAUUAUGUUUAACGGGUUUUCGGAGCUUGCCAUGACUGUGAUGAAGCUUCCUGUGUUUUUCAAGCAAAGAGAUCUGCGCUUUUACCCUGCAUGGGCAUAUACUCUUCCUGCAUGGAUCCUCAAAAUUCCUAUCACAUUUGUAGAAGUUGCGGUUUGGGUGUUCAUGACUUACUACGUCAUUGGAUUUGAUCCAAAUGUCGAAAGGUUGUUUAGGCAGUACUUUCUACUCCUAUUUGUAAACCAGAUGGCUGCAGCACUGUUCCGGUUAGCUGCAGGGUUGGGAAGAAAUAUGAUAGUUGCAAACACAAUUGGGUCGUUCAGUUUACUUAUUCUAUUGGCACUUGGAGGAUUCGUUCUAUCUCGAGAUAAUGUGAAAAAAUGGUGGAUCUGGGGAUACUGGAUAUCUCCGUUGAUGUAUGGGACAAAUGCAGCACUCGCGAACGAGUUUUAUGGGAGUCGAUGGCAGAGAGCUCUUCCCGGUACUAAUGAUAGACUAGGAGAGGCAAUUAUCAAAUCUCGUGGAUUCUUCGCAGAUCCAUCUUGGUAUUGGAUUGGAGUUGGGGCGUUGCUUGGAUAUGUCAUCUUAUUCAACUUGCUUUUCACCUUGGCUCUUACUUAUCUCAAUCCAUUUGCAAAUUCCCGGACAGUCAUAUCUGAUGAUUCAGUGUCUAAUAAAACUGGAAAAGAGAUGGAGUUAUCCUCUGGUAGAAAGAACUCCACAAGUCGUGGUUCUAGAGGGAUGGACUCCAUUAUUGAGGAAAACGGAAACAAAAAGCGUGGAAUGGUUCUUCCGUUUCAGCCUCUUUCUAUCACUUUUGAUGAAAUUACAUAUUCCGUCGACAUGCCAGCGGAAAUGAAAGCUCAAGGAGUCACUGAAGAUCGACUGGAGCUUCUAAAAGGUAUCAGUGGAGCUUUUAGGCCAGGAGUUCUUACAGCUUUAAUGGGUGUUAGUGGUGCGGGUAAGACUACUCUUAUGGAUGUUUUGGCGGGAAGAAAAACUGGUGGACAUAUUGAUGGAAACAUUAUGAUAUCUGGUUAUCAGAAAAAGCAAGAGACAUUUGCUCGCAUAUCAGGAUACUGUGAGCAAAACGACAUACAUUCUCCACAUGUCACAAUCUAUGAGUCCAUUCUCUAUUCUGCUUGGCUUCGGUUACCCCAGGAUGUCCAACCUGAAACAAGAAAGAUGUUCGUUGAGGAGGUAAUGGAGCUUGUCGAGUUGUCUUCACUACGAGGAGCACUAGUUGGGCUGCCUGGUGUAAAUGGUCUAUCAACUGAGCAGAGAAAACGAUUAACCAUUGCUGUUGAGUUGGUUGCGAACCCGUCCAUUAUAUUUAUGGAUGAGCCAACAUCUGGCCUAGAUGCAAGGGCAGCAGCAAUUGUGAUGAGAGCAGUGAGGAAUACUGUGGACACAGGAAGAACUGUUGUAUGCACCAUCCAUCAGCCCAGCAUUGACAUAUUUGAAUCCUUCGACGAAUUAUUCCUAAUGAAGAGAGGAGGACAGGAAAUUUACGUUGGACCACUGGGGCACCAUUCUUGCCAUUUAAUCAGCUAUUUUGAGGGAAUUGAAGGAGUCAGUAAAAUCAAAGAUGGUUAUAAUCCGGCAACAUGGAUGUUGGAGGUGACUUCUGCAGGACAAGAAGCUGGUCUAGGGGUUGACUUCACUGAUAUAUACAAAAACUCAGAGCUAUAUAAGAGAAACAAAGAUCUCAUCAAAGAACUAAGUGUUGCACCUCCUGGUACCAAGGACCUAUACUUCCCGACCAAGUACUCGAGAUCAUUCUUUACUCAAUGCAUGGCUUGCCUGUGGAAACAAUACUGGUCAUACUGGCGAAACCCUCCAUACACGGCAGUGAGAUUUUACUUUACAGUGGUCAUCGCACUGAUGUUUGGUACAAUUUUCUGGGAUCUUGGUACUAGGACGUCACGAAGACAAGAUUUGUUUAAUGCUUUGGGUUCUAUGUAUCUCGCUGUUAUCUUUCUUGGAGUUCAAAAUACCUCCUCAGUACAACCGAUUGUUGCUGUAGAGCGAACAGUCUUUUACAGAGAAAGAGCUGCUGGAAUGUACUCCGCCUUACCAUAUGCCUUCGGACAGGUAGUUAUUGAGAUUCCAUAUAUCUUGAUGCAAUCUUUGGUAUACGGAGUUAUAGUGUACGCCAUGAUCGGAUUUGAAUGGACAGCCGCAAAGUUUUUCUGGUAUAUCUUCUAUAUGUUUUUCACGUUGUGUUACUUUACGUUCUACGGAAUGAUGACCGUGGCAGUGACACCAAACGAAACCAUUGCUUCCAUUAUUGGUGCUGCAUUCUACGGUUUAUGGAAUCUCUUUUCAGGAUUUAUAGUCCCACGAACGAAAAUUCCAAUUUGGUGGAGAUGGUACUACUGGGCAUGUCCUGUUGCAUGGACCUUAUAUGGAUUGGCUGUCUCACAAUUUGGAGACAUACAAACUGUCAUGGUUGACACAAACGUUACCGUAGAGGUUUUCAUGAAGGAUUAUUUCGGGUUCGAGCGCGAUUUCCACCCAGUGGUUGCAGUUGUUGUCUUCGGCAUUCCCGUACUUUUCGCUUUCAUCUUUGCCUAUGCCAUUAAAACUCUUAACUUCCAGAAAAGAUAG